AUGAGCAUUGUGAGGACAAAUGCUACAAAUUUACAAAACAUAGAGAUCUUAAGUAACUUGACUUCUACAUUUCCAACUUUCUUGUUGACUGGCAUUCCUGGCCUAGAGUCUGCCCAUGUCUGGAUCUCCAUUCCCUUCUGCUGUCUUUAUGCCAUUGCCCUCUCUGGGAACAGCAUGAUCCUGCUUGUCAUCUUCACCCAGCACAGUCUCCAUGAGCCCAUGUACUAUCUCCUCUCCAUGCUGUCAGCUGCGGACUUGGGCUUGACUAUUUCUACAAUGUCAACAACACUAGCUAUCCUCUGGUUUGAUGCAAGAGAAAUCAGUCUAGAUAGUUGCAUUAUCCAGAUGUUUUUUCUUCAUGGAUUUACUGUCAUAGAAUCUGGGGUGCUGGUGGCCAUGGCCUUUGACAGCUUUGUGGCAAUCUGUGAUCCUCUAAGGUACACUACUAUUCUCACUCAUUCCAGAAUUAUUCAGAUGGGUCUCUUAAUGAUUUUGCGCACUGUAAUAUUAAUAGUGCCACUACUCUUGCUCCUUAAGCCCCUCUCUUUCUGUAGAGCAAAUGUCCUUUCCCAUUCUUACUGUUACCAUCCAGAUGUGAUUAAAUUAGCAUGUUCAGAUACUCGGGCCAACAACAUCUAUGGAUUAAUCUGUCUCCUUCUGACCACAGGAGUGGAUACACCAUGCAUUGUCCUGUCUUACAUCUUGAUCAUUCGCUCUGUGCUCAGUAUGGCCUCCCCCAAAGAACAGCACAAGGUCUUUAGUACUUGUGUCUCUCACAUUGGGGCAGUUGCUAUUUUCUACAUUCCCAUGAUUAGCUUGUCCUUGGUGCAUCGCUAUGGCCGAUCAGCCCCCAAAGUGGUCCAUUCGAUGAUGGCCAAUAUAUAUCUGCUUUUGCCCCCUGUGCUCAACCCUGUCAUCUAUAGUGUGAAAACAAAACAGAUUCGCAAGGCUUUACUUAGUCUACUUCUUACAAAAUAA